AUGGCGGUGAGUGUUGUCGAUGAUGUUGUUGUCGAUGAUGUUGUUGAUGCUGUUGUUGUUCAUGUUGUUGAUGAUGCUGUUGUUGUUGAUGUUGGUGUAGAUGUUCAUAAUAUUGUUCAUGAUGUUGAUAAUGUUGUUGAUGGUGUUGUUGAUGAUGUUGUUGAUGUUGUUGUUGUUGUUGAUGGCGAGCAGCAGCUGACGGCGCCGCUCCUGGUCUCCGUGUGUGCCGCGGUGCUCAGCUCCUUCGAGUUCGGCUACAACAUCGGCGUGACGAACGCUCCCGAGCAGAUAAUCCGCAGUUUCUACAAUGCCACGUGGAUGGGUCGCCACGGCGUGGCCAUGCCGCACUCGUCGCUCACUGCCGUCUGGGCUCUCUCCGUCGCCAUCUUCGCCGUGGGCGGCAUGGUGAGCGCCCUCAUGGUGGGGGCGCUCACCUCCAAAUACAGCAGGCGUAACUGCCUCAUGGCCAACAACGCGCUGGCGCUGCUGGGCGGGACCCUCAUGGCCAUUUCCAAGGCGGCCUCCUCCUACGAGACGCUCGUCGCAGGCCGACUCAUCGUGGGCCUCUACUGCGGUCUCUCCACGGGCCUGGUCCCCAUGUACAUCGGGGAGCUGUCCCCCACCGAGCUGCGGGGGGCUCUGGGCACCCUGCACCAGCUCGCCGUCGUCAUCGGCAUCCUCUUCGCUCAGGUGCUGGGCAUGGAGUCGCUGCUGGGCUCCGAGUCGCUGUGGCCGCUGCUGCUCGGCUUCACGAUGGUGCCCUCGGUGGCGCAGCUCGCCGUGCUGCCCUUCUGCCCCAAGAGCCCUCGCUACCUCCUCAUCAACGAGGGCCUCGACAAGGAGGCGCGACAAGUGCUGGUGCGUCUCCGCGGCACGGGCGACGUGGAGCGCGACAUGCAGGAGAUGCGCGAGGAGCAGCGGCAGAUGCAGCGCGAGGAGAGCGUCUCGGUGCUGUCGCUGCUGCGCUCGCGCGCCUACCGCCAGCCGCUGGUCGUGUCCGUCGUGCUGCACCUGUCUCAGCAGUUCUCCGGCAUCAACGCCAUCUUCUUCUACUCCACGAGCAUCUUCACCAACGCCGGCGUGCCCAACCCCGUCUACGCCACCAUCGGCGCCGGCGCUGUCAACGUCGCCUUCACCGUCGUGUCGCUGUUCCUGGUGGAGCGUGCCGGGCGCCGCACGCUGCACCUCGUCGGCCUGGCAGGGAUGGGCGUCUGCGCCAUCGUCAUGACCAUCGCGCUCAGCCUGCAGAAAACCCUGGUGUGGAUGUCGUACGUGAGCAUCGUGGCGAUCUUCGGCUUCGUGGCGCUCUUUGAGAUCGGGCCGGGCCCCAUCCCGUGGUUCAUCGUGGCCGAGCUCUUCUCGCAGGGCCCGCGGCCCGCCGCCAUCGCCAUCGCAGGCUGCGUCAACUGGACGGCCAACUUCCUCGUCAGCAUGUGCUUCCAGUACAUCGAGGACCUCACGGGCCCCUACGUGUUCGUGAUCUUCGUGGUGCUGCUCGCCCUCUUCUGCCUCUUCACGUACUUCAAGGUGCCCGAGACGAAGGGCCGCAGCUUCGAGGAGAUCGCCGCCGCCUUCGGGGGCAACGCCGCCACCGCCGCCGGCGGCACGCGGCCCCACGACAAGGAGGAGGCCCACGGCCUGCAGUCUGAGUCUCAAGUCUAGCGGACUCACUCGCUCGCUCGCUCAGUCACUCGCUCGCUCAGUCACACACUCGCUCAGUCACUCGCUCAGUCACACACUCGCUCGCUCAGUCACUCGCUCGCUCAGUCACACACUCACUCACUCGCUCAGUCACACACUUGCU